AUGACCUCCAAAACACCCCAAGAACUUCUCUCCGCUCUCCUUCAAACCCUUGAGCAUGACAUUGUCCCAUUGACAGAACAAGGCGUCGCCUCAGGAAGCAAAGUCUUCGGCGCUGCCAUCCUUUCGUCACAAACCCUCAAACCGCUCACAGUUUCAACAAAUUAUGAGCGGUUAUCUCCUCUGCUUCAUGGCGAGAUAAACUGCAUUCAAACCUUUUACACCAAGACCUUCCCUGAUCCAAAAACUCGACCAAAUCCUCGAAAGGAAUGCGUCUUUUUCGCAACUCAUGAACCGUGUAGUCUGUGUCUCAGCGGUAUCACAUGGUCUGGCUUCAAAGAACUAUACUAUCUUUUCACCUACGAAGACAGCCGCGACCAGUUCUCUAUCCCGUAUGAUAUUGAUAUCCUAGAAGAGGUUUUCCGUGUGAGAGCGGAAGGAGAGAGUGACACGGCGUUGAAGGACAGAGCUCUUUAUAAUAAGACGAAUAGGUUCUUUACGGCCAAGAGCGUUCAAGAUCUCGUUAAUGAGAUUCAUGAUGAGGACGAGAAACAGCGUCUCGACGCUGAAGUCAACAGAGUCAAGGCUCUCUACAAUGCGCUAGGUGAGGAGUAUCAGAGGAAUAAGAACAAUGAGAUAGAGACUUCAAGCACAUGGAAAUAG